UGCUGAAGGACAUGAAGAAGGCAUUUCAGUUCGCCCACAAGGCAUGCGAAUUGAGUAACAUGUACGCCUGUGCCAAUCUUAGCCAGAUGUAUGCGCGUGGCGAUGGCAUCGAGAAGAACGAAAAGGAGGCGGAAAAGUAUAGGAAGCUGGCCCUCGAAAUGCAGGAGGAGGUCAAGAAGCAACAGGAGACGCUCAGUUUUAAACAGGGCGUCGGCAUGCCAAACUGAUUAACCUAUACC